GUCGAAUGUCCUUUGAGAGAGUGUGAGGUUAAGAGAGAUCUGUCAUCUGUGUCGUCCCCUCACACUUCCACUUUCAGUCCACUUAUUUUUCAAUUUCCUCUCUCUCUCUCUCCCUCCAAUUCUUCCCUCUGGUUUCUCAAAUAUGUUCUUUUGGAGACGAGCAGAGUUGGAGCAAUCAACUGGGGGGUUUCAGAUGCCUGGAAAAAUUUCAGAGAGGCCCAGAUCUGCAGAUCUGCCAGGCUACGGUUUAGACCAAAGCAGAUUUUUCUGGUAGUGGUCGUUGUGGAAACUGCAGUGAUCUAUUGGGGAAGGCACUUUUAUGUUUUCCUCUGUCGCUAUUUUUCUCUCCAUCAAAUGUAAAUGAAGGUUGACUUAUUUGUCUUUCUUUUUGCAAAUGUAUCCUAAUUUGUCUUCAGUUCUUUGAUUUCUGCAGCUGUGGUUUGGACUGCUGGAACGAAUUGGCUUUGGACGACAAGGAAAAUUGAUGUGGAUACGGCAAGAUUAUGUAUGAUUUUUCUUAUUCUUG